AUGAAUACCAGUGGUGAUGAAGAAAGGCGCUCUAGUGCGGGUUUUAAUGUGCAACCGACGCACCAGCUACAAAAUGGUUCUGGAGAACCAUCAGUGCAGCAACCUCCAUUACAAACGCCGCCAUCGGUGUCGAUGGAUAGUUCGUCGAUGAUGCAGAUCUUGAAAUUAAUGCAGCAACAAAUGGCGCAGCAGCAGAACAUUUUGGCGCAGUUAAUGCAGCAGCAAGGGUCAGGCCAAAGUUCAUCCACAACACCGGAACAAAUCUUGGAUUCGUUGUGCAGCCACAUUAAAGAAUUUAAAUACGAUGCUGAGGCUGGAACGACAUUUGCCGCAUGGUACAACCGCUAUGAGGACCUGUUCGAAAGAGAUGCUGCCCGGUUGAGCGACGAAGCAAAAGUGCGCCUUCUCAUGCGCAAGCUAGGAACUCUUGAACAUGACCGGUAUGUAAAUUUUAUCUUGCCAAAGUUCUCACGAGAUUUUUCAUUACCAGAGACGGUCGCAAAGCUGACAGAUUUGUUCGGAACUAAGGAGUCCCUGUUACAUCGACGGUUCAAAUGCUUAAAUACGGUGAAGGGGAAGACGGAAGAUUAUCUAGCGUACGCAUGUCGCGUCAACCGGGGUGUAGUCAACUUUGAGUUAGGCAAGUUGACGGAGGAACAGCUUAAAUGCCUUGUAUUUGUUUGCGGGUUGAAAGAUGAUAAGGAUGUGGAAAUUCGUCAAAGACUGUUAGUGCGGAUCGAGGAACGUCCUGAAACCACCCUGGAGCAUAUUACAACCGAAUGUCAACGCAUUAUCAACUUAAGACACGACAGCGCAAUGAUCGAAAGAGAGAACACCGAACAAGUCUAUGCAGUGAAGCAUAAGGAAACACAGUUCCAGCAUUAUCGAAGCAACCUGCCAUACGAUUCGAAACCCCCUAGCAGAUCGUGCUGGCUAUGUGGAGGACUACACUGGUCUCGAGACUGUACGUACCGUACUCACAAAUGUACCGAUUGUGGAAGAAUAGGCCACAAAGAAGGAUUUUGCAAAACGUACAACAAUUAUCGUCGGAACUAUAACCAAGCGAAUUUCAAUCGUCAGCAAGCAAAUACUAGAACGGUCUCAGUCAAUGUGCACAGCGUUCAGGAGAGAAGGAAUCGAUGCCAAAACAGCAUCGGGAGCAGUGUUGCAUAUAAUCGGCGAAUUCAGUGCCAACAUCACCAUCAAAGAAGAGCAGCGUGUCGAGACGGUUUAUGUUUCGCAAGCGGACUUGAAGCUGUUGGGAACCGACCUAAUCGAGGCUUUUUCCUUAUGGUCAGUGCCUGUUGACCAGAUAUGCAACGCCAUUCAAUCAUCAACGAAUAAGGAGCUACGACUACGUUAUCCCAAGCUGUUUGGAGAGGGCAUGGGCCUAUGUACAAAGGGAAACGUUACUCUGCAGCUGAAAGAAAAGUGUCGUCCAGUUUUCUGCCCUAAACGUCCAGUUGCGUACGCUAUGCUGGAUGCAGUCGACAAGGAACUGGACCGGCUGGAGAAGCUAGGAGUCAUCACACCGGUCGAUUUCUCUGACUGGGCCGCACCAAUUGUCGUCGUGCGGAAAGCAAACGGUCAGAUAAGGAUCUGCGGAGAUUACUCGACCGGUCUCAAUGGAGCCUUGCACCCCCAGGAGUACCCGCUUCCACUACCAGCAGAUAUUUUCGCCAGGCUAGGUAAUUGCACUCAUUUUACACAAAUAGAUUUAUCGGAUGCUUUCCUUCAGGUCGAAAUUGCUGAGCAGAGUCGGAAGUUUCUAACCAUCAACACGCAUAAAGGGCUUUACUCCUACAACCGACUACCACCGGGCAUCAAGGUAGCUCCUGCGGCUUUUCAACAGUUGAUGGACAAAAUGCUCAUUGGAUUGCGGGGAGUUUCCAGUUACAUGGAUGAUAUCAUUAUCGGAGGUAGGAAUCAGAAAGAACAUGAUGAUAUUUUAAAUGAAACGCUCGCUAGAAUUCAAGAUUAUGGUUUCACAAUUCGCGUAGAAAAAUGUUUUUUUAAUGAGAAGCAAAUACGGUAUCUAGGGCACAUAAUCGAUAAUCAAGGCAUCAGACCAGAUCCGGAAAAAGUUAAAGUUAUAACCAAUUUGCCAGCACCAUCAGAUGUCAGUGAAGUAAGGUCAUUCCUCGGAGCAAUCAAUUAUUAUGGGCGCUUUAUUCCAAAUCUACGAAAUUUGCGGUACCCACUGGAUGCACUACUAAAAGAAGGGAGAGAAUUUGCGUGGACUGCAGAAUGCCAGAAAGUUUUUGAAAAAUUCAAGUCAGUAUUGUCUUCAAACCUAUUAUUAACCCACUAUGAUCCGCGACUUGAGAUAGUGGUAUCAGCUGAUGCGUCUUCCGUUGGUCUGGGAGCAACUCUAAGUCACAAAUUUUCUGAUGGCAGUAUGAAGGUUGUACAACAUGCAUCACGAUCUCUUACAAAAGCCGAGCAAAGAUACAGUCAAAUCGACCGGGAAGGGCUAGCUAUCAUUUUCGCAGUGACCAAAUUUCAUAAGAUGAUAUUUGGUCGGCAUUUCCGUCUUCAGACAGAUCACAGGCCUCUGCUAAGAAUAUUUGGAAACAAGAAAGGUAUUCCUGUUUACACUGCAAACAGGUUACAGCGUUUUGCCCUUACGCUUUUAAUGUACGAUUUUGAAAUCGAAUAUGUAACCACGGAGAAAUUUGGAAAUGCCGACAUCCUAUCAAGAUUGAUAAGCGAGCACAGCAAGCCAGAUGAAGACUAUAUAAUCGCCAAUUUGGAGCUAGAGAAGGAUGUAAAAUCAGUAGUCAUCAGCAACAUCUCAUCCCUACCAAUCAAUUUUACGGAAGUAGCCAAACAAACGGGAAAAGAUUCAAUUUUAUCAAAGGUACUACAUUUUACACAAAACGGUUGGCCACAUAAUACUAUUUAUACAGGAGAAUUAGCAAGUUUUUAUGCAAGAAGGGAAGCGUUAUCAGCAGUGGAUGAGUGUUUAUUAUUUGGCGAGAGAGUCAUAAUUCCAAACAGCCUUCAGGAACGAUGCCUCCGACAGUUCCAUCGUGGCCAUCCUGGCAUUCAAAGAAUGAAAUCGUUAGCUCGUAGCUACGUAUAUUGGCCAUCCAUCGAUAAAGACAUAAGCGAAUGCGUAGCCUCUUGUGAGAGGUGUCAAGCUGUUUCAAAGUCACCUGCUCAUUCAACUCCUAUUCCUUGGCCUAAACCUUCAUCACCAUGGCAGCGUGUGCAUAUCGAUUACGCUGGCCCUCUGGAAGGGGACUAUUUUUUAAUUGUCGUGGAUGCAUACUCAAAAUGGCCAGAGAUUGUAAAAACAUCAAGCAAUACGGCAUCGGCGACUAUAGCAAUUCUACGAGGAAUAUUUUCACGUUUUGGAAAUCCAGUCACGCUUGUAAGUGACAAUGGCACGCAGUUUACUAGCGAGAUUUUUGCUGAUUUUUGCGCUCACAAUGGCAUAGAACAUCUGAGAACAGCACCAUUUCAUCCUCAGUCAAAUGGCCAGGCUGAGAGGUUUGUAGACACGUUCAAGAGAUCGAUGAAAAAGAUUAGUGCAGAAGAUACAUCACUUCCGGAGGCAUUGGACAUAUUUUUACAAACCUAUCGAUCGACUCCAAAUCCGUCCACAGAAGAAAAGAAAUCACCAGCUGAGCUCAUGUUAGGUCGUAAAAUGCGAACAACUUUGGAUCUGCUUCGUCCUACCUUAAAUCCAUUUAAACACAGUGUACCUGAGAAGGUGAGAGAGUUGUCCUGCGGAGAUUUAGUGUACGUCAAGACAUACAGCAGAAACAUUUGGAAAUGGGAGCCAGCAGUCAUAACCGGAAGAUGUGGCAACGUUAUGUAUGAAGUUGUAACCGGUGAUCAACGUACACUUCGAAGGCAUGUAAAUCAAAUGCGUAGGCGUAACGGAAAUCAGCAGCAUCAGCAGAGCCGCUCUUCGAAACCCUUAGCUCUGGAUGUAUUUCUGGAUUCAUGGAAUGUAAUGCACGAGCCACCACCGUUGCUUGACGAUCAGUGCACUCCAUCACCUGUUCAGGCGCCACCGUUAUCGUUAUCAUUGGCUCCAACAACGUGUCUUCCAUCACCGAGUUGUUUGUCACCAUCGUCAUCGUCGACUCCACCAUCGUCUACAAUACCGCCUGAGUCUGCUAUCACAUCGUCUGCGUCCUCGCCAUCGUCAUCGUCCAAUUCGGGUUCAGUCUACACUUCCUGUUCACCUACAUCACCUGAAGAGUCUCCAACAGAUGAACUAGAUGACCACAAGGAAGAAGAACAGCUGGUACAAGUACCACGUAGGUCUUCUAGAAAUAUAAGACCCUCACGUUGGUUGGACCAGUACCAGCUAUAUUAACAGGGGGAGAUGUUGUGGACGGAAUCAAAGUUGCGCAACAUUGUGCUCUGGGCCGCUCGCUACGUGCGACGGUUUUCAGACGCUAGAGCUGUCAACAACCACGUGCAGCUAAAGGGCGCAGCCAUCGCGAUCCUUCCGAGGACCGAGGUCGGGACGACGACCUCGGGGUGACCGUUGACAUACACUUCACUGCAGGCCAUCCGCGAUAAGAGGUGCGAGCGCGAGCAUUAGGGACUAGCGGGCGUAUAGGUUUUUUGUAUGUAAAGUUUUAUUGCGUUGUACAUCGUUAUUGUAAUAUAGUGUUUUAAGUACUUUUUA